ACAGCACUGUAUUCUUCAUUAGAAUUUCUAGUGUAUGGGAUUGAGCCUACACUUUGUAAUAAAAUGUUGGCUUCUGAUCAUUUCAGCUAGUCUGGGUGACAAUCAGAUUAAGGAUGUGAUUAAGGAUCUUCAGAGGACCUGCAGAUCCAACUGAUCACCCAAGUGCUCUGCUUGUUUUCUAGUUCAGUACUCGGCAUUGUUGGGAAUGUCACAAAGUCCUUCCUAAAUUCCAAUAUGCUAGUCUCUGAUUGGAAAUUUCCAAUCGCAUUUUUUUUUUUUUAAGAGCAGUGAGGCUAAUAUAAAAGUCUAUGCUGUUAGGCUAUUUAAAAAGCAAUAUUGUACAAACUAAAUAACAUAAAUACCAAGACAUUCUACUUUGGGGAGUAGUAUAACAUCUAAUGUACAAACAAAAUCUCCAUUUCCUCUAAUCUAGUGGCAGCUCUUCAGACAAAGGAUUAUAUGUUGAGGUCUGUAGUCUCAAGAGGUUGCACCUUAUACUGAAAUAAUUGAGCUACAUUUUCUCUAUCUAGUUUUAAAAGACUGUAAAAUAAUGUGAAAUAUUGAAGAAGAUAAAUUCUUUUAAUACUGUACCUUCAUUGUGACUGUUGGUGAAAUCAGCAUGUUUCUAGGUUUGAGAUUUAAUUGUCCUGAGUUUCUUUUCCUUAAACACUCCUUUGCUGUUGAGGAUCACCUUCCAGUUUUAUACAGUAUUACACCAGAUGUGUUUUUCUGUUCCAGAGGGAGUAUAUAGAAGUUUCUCUGUGAAUUUAUAGGCUUGGCAGUCUGAUGGACAGAAAAUAGACAUUCUUCUCUGGAGUCUUUGCUGUGACCCAACUGGCAUCAUGUAACAGAUGCCCUUAAUAAGAAUUGGGGAAUAGGAAAGGUGUUUCCAUGUAAGGGGAAAAAUGCUGUGGUGUGUUGUUCCUUCCCUGUAAAUGUGAAAUACUAGUUUUAUUGGCUAAUCAAAUAAUUGGUAGGAUAAAUUGUCUUAUGCUGGGUCCAAAAAAAACAAUUCAGAUAAUCCAACCAUUAAAUUUGCUUGGAAACACUAGGAUCCAAAGGAGCAUAAAUGUAACCGUCUUGUUCCUCUACUUCUUCCAUGGGUAGUAUGGGAAACCCAAAUAAAAUGACAAUUCACUCUGUGGUUUAUAGAUGUUUCCACUAAUUGUGUGGGAAAACAUAAUCGUUCCCCGUUUGUUCUUCUGGAAACAGAGCUAUAGUUCUUCAAACUGUUUGUGUAAAUGGUCAAAUUACUUUUUUGUUUUUAAACAGGAUUGUUUCCUGAGCUGAGAACUCAUUACCAGAUUUAACCUGCAGUAUGUUUUGUCAACUAAAUUAAAGCAAAUCAAAACAAAGCAACAGCAAAAAACGCCCACCAUAACCUGCAUGUAGGUUUUUAGCAGUAAGGAACCACUGGUGACAGAUGCUUAGCCAUUGUCAUGUGAACAACUUUGUUGUAAUAAACAGAAACGAGAGUUGCACUGGGGGAGCUACCAGAACUGAUUGAUCAGACUUUAAGGAGACUCAUUAUACCUUAAGUAUUAAGAAGCUUGACUGCUUAGGGAGUGUCUGUUCAAGAUGUUGGAAAGCUUAAAGUGUGUGACCCUGUGAAGGUUAUGAGACAGCUGUUUUUCCCUAAUACCAGAUUUCGUAAUUUUCCUUUUUAGUUAGGGUAUCCUGUUGAUAUCUUUUGUGUUACCUAUUUUUUAAAUAAUUUCUUCCUUUUCUUUUAAGUAAAUCAUGAGAUAGGCGGAAAAAAAAAAACCCUGACUUCAUACUCGUCUUGAGCCAGUAUUGGCUAGCAUAAAAAUGACUUUCACAUGUAUUUUAUGGAAUAUAUGUAUAAUUAAUCUUGUCCUCUAUUCUUGUGUUUAUAAGCUAUGUGGAAAAAAUCAGGUACUGCAUAUAGAAUUUCAUUGCUUGAAAUCUGACUUUGCAACUGCAGUUUUCUCUGUGUUUUUGAAUUGAAGAAGAUAUUAAGUGGGCCCCCUGAAAAGUCAGAGGGGAACAAAUUAAACAUAAGCAUAAUCAAAGUCCCAAGAUGUUUUGAGGAGUGGUUUCUUUUGAUUGUUUUUGUUCUUUUUUGGGGGGUGGGAUCUCUGAAGUGAGACUGAUGCUUUUCUCUUAGAGUGUUAGUGUUUGUCUUUUCUGUUGCCUUUAGGUUAAUGUUUGAAAUUCAUUAAACGGGUUGAGUAAAAUAGGAAUCUUGCACUAAGGACUUUCCUGCUUAGUGGAAAAGCUGUGAUUUAUAAAGUCACAGCAAAAUGAAAUAAAGUGAUAACAAAAAGCCUUGGGCAGACUGACUGUGUAAUAUAUUUUAGGCAAUUUACCCAGGUUGGUUUGUUUAGUUAGUAUUUAGGGGGUGAGGGGGAUCUUGUCAGAAUUUUCAUUUCUAACAGAAGGAUCCUUCAAACUAUUUAAACCAAUUCUUGCUUGCUACUGUUGAAAAUAGGCUCAGAUGUUUUUUUCUUAAAGUCCAAACCAUUCCUUUAAAGGCAAACAGAUGUUUACCCAUCUCUUCGGUGAAAGAUGACAGUUAAAUCCUAACCAGUUCCUUUCCUCUUUUCCUUUUAAAACACUACGUUAAGUAGAUUUGGAUCCCUUUGGGUUUUUGACCAAAGCACACACCCAUAUCCACUCUUUCUCCCUGGACCUAGUUCAAGAUUUGGAGAGAAGGGUUUGUUUGGGGGCGUUUCCCUUGUCUUAUCUCUGUGUGAGCAUAUGCUAGGGUUCAAUUUGUUUUGACCCUUCCCUUUUAAAUUUGGAACCGAAGUGAAAGUUUAAAGUACAGCCAGAGAAGGAAGUCUGCUGAACUUUAGGCAUGAGGGAUCCAGGGAGGAAGAGCCUGGCCCAACUAGAGAAUCUGUGCAAACAGCUGUAUGAAACAACAGAUACCACCACUCGACUCCAGGCAGAGAAAGCCUUGGUUGAAUUCACCAACAGCCCUGAUUGCCUGAGCAAGUGCCAGCUACUCCUUGAAAGAGGGAGUUCAUCUUACUCCCAAUUACUGGCAGCUACAUGCCUUACAAAGCUUAUAUCACGCACAAACAACCCCCUACCAUUGGAACAACGAAUAGAUAUUCGGAACUAUGUGCUCAACUACCUUGCCACUCGGCCGAAGUUGGCUACUUUUGUGACACAAGCACUCAUUCAGUUAUAUGCCAGAAUCACAAAACUGGGCUGGUUUGACUGUCAGAAGGAUGACUAUGUCUUCAGAAAUGCAAUCACAGACGUCACAAGAUUUUUACAAGAUAGUGUUGAAUACUGCAUCAUUGGCGUCACAAUUUUAUCUCAGCUAACCAAUGAAAUUAACCAAGUAAGUGCUACAGCCUUCCUCAUUGAAGCAGACACCACCCAUCCUUUGACCAAGCACAGAAAAAUAGCCUCUUCUUUCCGAGAUUCAUCAUUAUUUGAUAUCUUCACACUUUCCUGCAAUUUACUAAAACAGGCUUCAGGAAAGAAUCUAAACUUGAAUGAUGAAAGUCAGCAUGGCUUGCUCAUGCAACUGCUCAAACUCACUCAUAACUGCCUAAACUUUGAUUUCAUUGGCACAUCUACUGAUGAGUCCUCAGAUGACCUGUGUACAGUGCAGAUUCCCACCAGCUGGAGAUCAGCAUUCUUGGAUUCUUCAACGCUGCAGCUGUUUUUUGACCUGUAUCAUUCCAUCCCUCCUUCGUUUUCACCUUUGGUAUUAUCCUGCUUAGUACAGAUUGCCUCGGUCCGAAGAUCCCUGUUUAAUAAUGCAGAGAGGGCCAAGUUUCUCUCUCAUCUUGUCGAUGGAGUUAAACGAAUACUGGAAAAUCCACAGAGUUUAUCAGACCCAAACAAUUACCAUGAGUUUUGCAGACUACUGGCUCGAUUGAAAAGUAACUAUCAACUGGGAGAACUGGUAAAGGUGGAAAACUACCCUGAGGUCAUCCGAUUGAUAGCCAACUUCACAGUGACCAGCCUACAGCACUGGGAAUUUGCCCCAAAUAGUGUGCACUAUCUCCUGAGCCUAUGGCAGCGGCUGGCAGCCUCCGUGCCAUACGUCAAAGCCACAGAGCCCCACAUGCUGGAAACGUAUACUCCUGAGGUCACCAAAGCCUACAUCACAUCCCGCUUGGAAUCUGUGCACAUCAUACUGAGAGAUGGGCUGGAAGAUCCUCUGGAAGAUACAGGCCUGGUCCAGCAGCAGUUGGACCAGCUGUCUACAAUUGGGCGUUGUGAAUAUGAGAAGACAUGUGCACUCCUCGUGCAGCUGUUCGACCAGUCGGCCCAGUCCUAUCAGGAGCUGCUACAGAGUGCCAGUGCAAGCCCUAUGGAUAUUGCAGUGCAGGAAGGAAGGCUGACGUGGCUGGUUUACAUUAUUGGAGCAGUGAUUGGUGGCCGAGUGUCUUUUGCCAGUACUGAUGAGCAAGAUGCUAUGGAUGGCGAGCUUGUCUGUCGGGUGCUACAGCUGAUGAACCUAACAGAUUCUCGCCUGGCUCAGGCGGGUAAUGAGAAGCUAGAACUGGCCAUGCUGAGCUUUUUUGAGCAGUUUCGUAAGAUCUACAUUGGGGACCAGGUGCAGAAAUCCUCUAAGCUGUAUCGCCGACUCUCAGAAGUUCUGGGCUUGAAUGAUGAGACCAUGGUCCUCAGCGUCUUCAUAGGAAAAAUCAUCACCAACUUGAAGUACUGGGGCCGUUGUGAACCAAUAACCUCCAAGACACUACAGCUUCUCAAUGACCUCUCCAUUGGAUACAGUAGUGUAAGGAAACUAGUAAAGCUUAGUGCGGUACAGUUCAUGCUGAACAAUCACACGAGCGAGCACUUUUCAUUUUUGGGUAUUAACAAUCAGUCCAACCUGACAGACAUGCGGUGUCGGACUACCUUCUACACAGCACUUGGGCGUCUCCUCAUGGUGGAUUUAGGAGAGGAUGAAGAUCAGUAUGAGCAGUUCAUGCUGCCACUCACAGCAGCGUUUGAGGCUGUGGCCCAGAUGUUUAGCACUAAUAGUUUCAAUGAGCAAGAGGCAAAGAGAACCCUAGUUGGCCUAGUAAGAGACCUGAGAGGGAUAGCUUUCGCCUUCAAUGCCAAGACCAGCUUCAUGAUGCUGUUUGAAUGGAUAUAUCCAUCCUACAUGCCAAUUCUCCAGCGGGCAAUUGAGCUGUGGUACCAUGAUCCAGCCUGUACCACACCCGUGCUGAAGCUGAUGGCAGAAUUAGUUCAUAAUCGAUCUCAGCGGCUGCAGUUUGAUGUCUCUUCCCCGAAUGGCAUCUUACUAUUCCGAGAAACCAGCAAGAUGAUAACAAUGUAUGGCAAUCGCAUCCUGACACUAGGAGAGGUCCCAAAGGAUCAGGUCUAUGCACUGAAGCUCAAGGGCAUCUCCAUCUGCUUCUCCAUGCUGAAGGCCGCGCUUAGUGGGAGCUAUGUCAAUUUUGGAGUCUUCCGUCUCUAUGGAGACGAUGCCCUGGACAAUGCUUUACAGACCUUCAUCAAGCUGCUUCUCUCUAUUCCCCACAGUGAUCUCCUGGAUUACCCUAAGCUCAGCCAGUCUUAUUAUUCAUUACUGGAAGUCCUGACCCAGGACCAUAUGAACUUUAUUGCAAGCCUGGAACCUCAUGUCAUCAUGUAUAUUCUCUCUUCCAUUUCUGAAGGACUUACUGCACUCGAUACCAUGGUAUGCACAGGCUGUUGCUCCUGCCUAGACCACAUUGUGACGUACCUCUUCAAGCAGCUGUCACGUAGCACCAAGAAGAGGACAACACCCCUCAACCAGGAGAGUGACCGUUUUCUGCAUAUCAUGCAGCAGCAUCCAGAGAUGAUCCAACAGAUGCUGUCAACGGUGCUGAACAUCAUCAUCUUUGAAGACUGUAGGAACCAGUGGUCUAUGUCCCGUCCCCUACUUGGCUUGAUACUACUUAAUGAAAAGUAUUUUUCUGACCUAAGAAACAGUAUCGUGAACAGCCAGCCACCAGAGAAGCAGCAGGCUAUGCAUCUGUGUUUCGAAAACCUGAUGGAAGGCAUCGAGCGAAAUCUUCUUACGAAAAACAGAGACAGGUUCACCCAGAACCUGUCAGCAUUCCGUCGAGAAGUCAACGACUCAAUGAAGAAUUCCACUUAUGGCGUGAAUAGCAAUGACAUGAUGAGCUGACACCUCCUUGGACUCUACCUGUACAGAGCAGCGUCCCUUUGGUCUGGCCCAGAGGGGUGAACAAUUACAAGGGAGAGGGCCUCGCUGAUCCUGGCUCCUUCCUCCAGGGGUGUGGGGGAAAUGGCAAAGGUCAACUAGCUGUCUCCCCAGGGCAUAGGGGUGUGAAUGCACUCACUGGGGCAGGGCGCUGCUGGUUCCUGGGGGAUUGGGCGGGAAGGGUGGUGGGAGGAGAUAAAGACACAAAUGAGUGAGAUUCCAGCCCCCUCCUCCUGGGGCCACCCAAGAGGGGAGAACCCCCAGUGUCCUGCCACAACCUGCCUUGUAUAAACAUGUACAUUUUUUCAUAACAUUUUGAACAAGGUUUAUAUUGACUCAAGUUUAAAAACAAAAAGUGUGACUGAAAAAUUUUUACAGAGUCUAGUGCACCAAUGCUGAUGUGAGGGGUUGUGUAUGCGAGUGAAGAAAAUGUGUAUUCUGGUGGCCUGAAGCUUUACUGGACAAGGAUGUGUGAAAUUGCAGAGAUAUAUUUAGUGACACAAGUGUAGAGAGGCAAAACAAAAAAAAAGUUAAGAUUCCAAAUGUAUAUUUUUUCUUAUUGCCCUUUCCUUGCCCCAAAAAUUAUCACUUCCUGUUACUGUAUUAACCCUUGUUAUUAGGAACUCUAAGCCAUGCCGGAGCACCACCCCUCCCCCAUUAACCACAGAUGCCGCCCUAGGUCCCCUGGCCUCUUGCAGUGACAGACAACUCCAGUUAAAAGUGUUUGGUGUUCUUAUCGCCACCCUUUUCCCACUUUUACCCUCAUCCUCAAACAGAUCCUCUUGCUUUUAAAGUCCGAUUUUACCUAUAAAUUUAGGGGUCUUUGUCUCUGGAAAGGUAGAGACCUGAGAGAAGUAAUUAAGCCAGUUGCUGUGCUGCUGAGCAACUUGGAUGAAUCCAUCAGAGGCCUGAUUGCGUGUGGCCAGUAACUUUUAGUCUUCCCCAGCCCUUGAGGCAGUGUGUGUGGAUGUGUGCGUGUGGAUAUUUAUAUAUACCCUGCACUCAUGAAUGUAUGAACUGGAGGAAGUUAACUACAGUGGAGGGGUUCUUAAUAACAAGGUCUGCCUAGCAUGAAGUAUUUAACAUUAUCCCACCUCUUUAAAAAUAUACAUUUUUAUAAAAUGAAAACCAUAAUAAAUGUUUUGAAUAUUAAAAAAAA